CGAAAAACCCCGACAACUCUGCUUAAAUUCGCCCCGACCUCUGCAGCCAGCCAAAGAAGUGAAAAAGAUGAGCGCCCAGGCAUACUACGAGCUCUACCGCGGGAGCAGCAUCGGCCUCUCCCUCACGGACACCCUGGACGACCUGAUCAACGAGGGCCGGAUCGAGCCCCAACUCGCCAUGAAGAUCCUCUCCACCUUCGACCGCAUCGUGACCGAGGUGCUGGCGGAUAAGGUGCGCGCGAGGCUGACUUUCAAGGGCCACCUCGACACCUACCGAUUCUGCGAUGAAGUCUGGACCUUCCUGAUCAAGGACGUGACGUUCAAGCUGGACAACCAGACCACCGUGUCGGCGGACAAGGUGAAGAUUGUGAGCUGUAACAGCAAGCGGCCUGGAGAGGUUUAGAUGCUGCUGUUGUGGCAAGGGUUAUUUGGUUUCAGGUUCCUUUAUGCGCUCGGCUGGUUUGUCUCUUUAUUCUGAGAAAUGGCGUUAUGCAUUACAGCAGAGAUUCUUUGUGUAUACGGGUGCGGGACAAUACGAAUUUCUUGUCUCGCUGGGUUUGGGAUUGGGCGUUUGAUAUGGGGUUUGUGGGCUUUUGUUUAUGAUGUUGGGGAUGAGAUCCGGGGGAGAAAGUGAUGUUCUUUGCUCUCGCGAGAGAAAGUGUGUAUUUAGAAGAUUGACCAGAAUAUGAUACCC